CCAUGUAAAUACCCGACUAAAUAAGAAACAACACUAAAACUAUAUUCCCAAAACCACACACCCACACCCUCACACUCACAAAUCCUUCCAACACUUAUUCAGUAAUACAACAGACUGGUGUAUAAAACUAAAAUGUGUUCUUAUAGCUUUGUUAGGUUGUUCUUUGGACUAUGUGUUUUACUUCAUUAGCAAAAUUUUAUACUUACUCAUAUUUAUGCUUAAUACACAUGCUUCCAUUGUGAGGGACAAACAUGUUAUUCAGUGAAUUUAUCACUGUUAGUUGCUAGUUUUGAUUAUGGCAUUAGUCUUACAUAGCUACGCAACUGUAUUUCUUCUUUAGGUUGUCAGAUUGGAUUUGUUUUGUGUUGUUGACUAGAGUGAAGUAUGUUUUUUUUUAACAACUAUUUGUGGAUUCUAUACAGAUAUGUAUUUUUCUGCUUUAUGAAAGAGAAGAUAUGGUUUAAAAAAAAAUCAGAUGGGUGUAUUUGCCGUUAAGGUUUUUUAUUAAAAGAAAUGUGAUUUUGUGAAAGAUCAGGCUUAAGGUAAAAACAUAAGGGCAAAACAUAGGGCCUAUAGUAUAAAGCUUUCUUUCUAGGAGCAUAGCAAUAACAAAACAAAACAUCGAAAUUCUUGAAAAAUAAAAUGGUCUGCUUUGCAAGGGAACUGAUCUUGACUUAUGCUAUGAUCUAAGUGUAAAUGGCAUUUCUGUCUUAUACUAAAUGGAAGAAAGCAUUGCCAAAAUUGUAGAUUGUUGUGGCUUAACUAAUAUCCAGGUAUUUUUGGUUGUUCAACACAUUAUUGACACUGGUCCAUCACUUUAGCAUGAAAUGGUGGGCUUAUCUUAUGUUAAUAUGAGAUCUAUACGAAGUAAACAAAUCCUUGUAAACCAUGUCAUCAAAAAAUCCACCUUAAGAUUUCAUUAUACAUACCUGAAAAAUAAACCUAAAUCAACUGUUUUUUUCCCUUUUAGAGGUAUCUUUCCUUUUUAUUUUGCACUAUUUGUGUAACCUAUAUUUUAUAUACAAGAUGUAGAUGCUUGUAUGUGUACAAGUAUGUGCACAUAUUUUAGGAGGAAUGAAUGGAGAGAAAAGCAGGGAUGGAUAUGUGUUGAUAGUGGUUGUUUUGCACUUUUUUCUAAUUGGAUUAAAAUAUAAAUGUUUAAAAUAUAUCCUCAGAUUUUUUUUGGUUGUUGUUGGCUUGAUCAUGAGUGAAACAAGUCUGCUCAAAACUUUAAUUUUAAUCAUGAAUUUUACUCAUUUGCAGCAUGAGCAUGGCAUCAUUUGCCUGUCACAUUAUGAUGUGUCUAUUAAGAGAUGUGUGUUAAGGAUAUGAGCAAUAAGACUUGCUUAAUAACUAAGGCUGUUGAACAUUGUCACUGGAAAACUAACCACUCUCUUUAAAUCAGCAGCAUUAUAAAAAUCAUGUCAUCAAACAUUAUAAAUAUGUUAAUGUUAAUAAUAUAUGUUCAUAACUCAGAAUCAGUCUUGUACAUCUUAUGUGAAUGAUAAAGGUACCUAACUUAUUGCAAAACCCUAACCCUUAGAAUAACUAUUAAAUAUGCACAUAUAUAAACAGUGUCCUGACAUAUCUAAAUCAUGUUAGCGAAUUCCGACUGGCUACUAUACAACUGUAGAAGAUUUAAAAUUAAUUCAUUGAUGAGACCCAUCGAAGUAUGUUAUACUCAGAUAAUGCAAUGAUCAUUCGAUGCGAUGUGUUUACAGUAAUCAGCUAUUGCACUAAAGCUCAUAAUUAUUAUAUGGUGUUACAUUAAGAUGGUACAAUCGCAUAUGCUGUAUUUCACAGACAACAAUAAUCAUGUUGAAAUCCAUGUUAAGCUUUACACUUGACACAUUUACAUUAUUAUGUUUGGACUACCUCCCUUGGGUUGUGCUGCACCUAUCUUCAUGUUUGCCUUAUAUGGCCUCCAUGGCUCAAUCUCAGAAAAUUCACACCUUAUGGAGCGAACUGCCUAUCUGUGAUUACAUCUUUACUCCCUCAGAAUUUUAUAUGCCAGAUAAUAGAUAUAAAUGUUCACAUAAUUUAUCCGGGGAAAGUUCCAUCUCAUUCUGCAAACAAAAUAUGAUAAACUGUCAGCAGUGUCCAUUCACAGUCAAAAGCUUAUGGCGACUUCCACAGAAAGAUCAUAACAAUGGCUGGCCGAAGCAUUGCCCUUGGUUAAUGAAAAAACCAAAAUAACAGGGAUUUCUGGGUUGCAUGGGAACUUGUAUUCACUUUUCUGAAUUUAAUAGCUCCCAUAUGUUCCUGCUAAAUUUAUGGAUUGGUUUGAUAAAAAGGGUUUCAACAGCACUGAUCCAAAAAUUCUCUUUCUCCACCACCACCACACAGACUAUGUAUAUAUAAAUGUAUGAGCCAGAUCAGCUAACAUUGGUUACUAUAACGGCAAUUGGAGGAAACCAACACUGGAAUAUUUAAUUUUAGAAGUGGAUUGACAUCUUGGCGUCAUGCAGUUUACAUUUCAUUAUCACAUAUACACUAGCCUUCUAUUUGAACCAGAAGCUUUCAAAGGGGAAGAUAAUUCUUGUCACUGCCACAAAAAAAGCAUGUUGUGGUUGCUAGAUGGGUAAAUAUUGAUUGUUGUUUUAUUCACCAGGUUGUUUUUUUCUAAUUAUCGGGAUUGCAAACACCUGUCAAUUAUUCCUAAAGCUUCUGAGAUCAAAGAACAGUUCCAGAUGGAGCAGCAGUAGUUUCAGCAUUCAGCAGCCACUUGUACAUGCUCCACAGAUCAUUUGAUUUUGGAGUAAGAAUAAAACAACAACAAAAAACGAAUGAUUAACAAAUUAAAAUUACUAAAACAGUUGCAGAUUUUUCAGUUUCAUCUUGUAGCUUUCUCAUAGGGAGAGUACAAAACGACCAUAAGAAAUGUUUAACUAAUCAAAGUGCCUUUUAUAACUUUAAACAUGUCUGUUGAGAACAAUGAGGCUUUGUUAUGGUGCACUACAAAAAUGGGUAUGAGUUUGGAAAAUGAAUAUACAACUAAGAAACAAUGGAGUCAUAUUAGAACUGAUACAGACGUCAAAUCAGAAUGAGUAACUGUAAGGGUGAAUUUAAUCAUAAUGCAUGAUGACUGCUGACAAUUAAGGCACAUUAAAAAGCUCAGUGUGGACCUGAAGGUAUCUUUAAAAGCUAACAAAAUUUCAUGGGCAUUUAUUGCCAUUGGCAGAUUGGUCUUCUGUGUUGGAGUAAAGCUCAGUUUUCCUGGGUGGGAGGAGGGGGAAGCAUAUUAUUGUUUAUUGUCUCUACAUGUAUACAGGUUGAAGCCGCAGAAAGCAAUUUUUUUUUAAGUUCAAAGUUCAUAACCUGAAUACACGACUUUAUCUGGAAUAAGACCUACAUGUGGUUCUUAACAGAAUAUAGCUAUUAGACACAACAUACAAGUGCUACAACUGUACCAGUCCAGAGGCGUUCUGGUAUUCGCAUCACACAACUACUGGCGUGACUUUCUACGAAGCAAACUGCAAAAGAUUAUUAUUUCUGGUGUAGUGAAAAGUACUCUAACACAGCUGCCUACAGUUAGUGUCAUUCUGAUGGAGAUAUAGCAUCAGCAAACGGUCGAUCCGAAUCGUCUGCUUUUUUUUUUAGGUCAGGUCUCACAGUACGCUUGAAAACUGACCUUCGUCGUUAGUUUGUAAUAUUAACAGACAUGCAUGCACAGAUAUACUUAAUACUGAUGAUUUCUUUCUCUGCUGUAGAACUUUUUUUCCAUUUUCAUUCCUCUCAACACACUGGUAGUACUCUUUGUGACAGAAGGAAUAAACAGCCGCAACACACCAAUUCGUGACGUCACGAGGAGAGGCGACUUGGCGAUUGUCACUGUUUGCAGAAGAUAUUUCAUUCAAAUCCCAUUUGUUUGAAAAUUAGGGAUUCAGCAAAUGCGGAUUUUUCGUCGUUGAGAAACGGAAGCUGUAGCUGCAACACACAUUCGUUAAGCGCCACAGCUCCUACCAUGGCCCGCCCAUCAGCAAGUAUCGCCAGGGUCGCAGCCUAAGGCGCCCAUCGGGCUCCUUUGUGUUUGUCAGGUGCGAGGUGUGCAAGAUGAACGUCCCGCACCGCAUCCUGACGCCUGACGACCCCAACAAGACAAUGGGCAAGAGUCUGGUGGAGCGCGACACGGGCGGCGAGGCCUUCCUCAGCCCCUCCGCCGCCUUCGCAGAUGGCACCAGUCAAGGGAGUCAGGACUCGCUGGAUAAACGGUCCAGCUUGCCGCGUAUGAAGAGCUAUGACGCCGUGGUUUUCGAUGUGCUCAGGGUCUCACCCGAGGACUUCGCGAGCCAAAUAACCUUAAUGGAUCUUCCAGUCUUCAAGUCCAUACAACCAGAUGAACUGACAUCUUGUGCAUGGACGACGAAAGAGAAGUUGAUAAAGGCUCCUAAUGUCGUGGCAUUUACCCGAAGAUUUAAUCAUGUUAACUUCUGGGUGCAGCGAGAAAUCUUAAACUGUCAGACUCUUAAAACCAGAGCUGAAGUUCUAUCACAUUUCAUCAAAAUUGCUAAGAAACUGUUGGAACUCAACAACCUCCACGCUGUAAUGGCUGUCAUCUCAGCUCUCCAGAGCGCUGCAAUAUUCCGUCUUUCCGGCACUUGGAUGAUGCUUUCCAAAAGAGACAAGAUAAUGUACGAGAAGAUGGCUGACAUGUUUUCCGAGUGCAAUAACCGUCAGAAGCUGAGAGAUGUCAUGGAUAAUGUGAAACUGCCAUGCAUCCCCUACCUUGGUCUAUAUCUGACUGAUCUGAUUUAUAUUGAUGUGGCUCAUCCCCACUCGGGAGGAUUGGAAAGCCAGCCAAGGCGCAUCCAGAUGAACAACAUCUUACGUGUCAUUGCAGACUUUCAGCAGUCUGUAUAUGAUCAUCUACAGGUGCUAGACCAUGUCCAGAAUUACUUGAAGUCUGUGCGCUACAUCGAGGAACUACAGAAGUUUGUUGAAGAUGAUAACUACAAGCUAUCACUGAAACUGGAACCACCAAUGUCAGGACAGGUGGGCACCAAUACCUCCUCGCGAGAAGACGUUUCAGUCCUGCCACCUUCACCAGCAACAGAACCAAGGCAACUUUGUACAAGUCGGCUCACCACUUCUCACCGCAAAACAAAAAGUCUAAGUGCAAAUUUUAUGAGUUGUACGCAUCCACAAGUUGAGAGAACCUACAGUCUGCCAUCACGAGCCACAGCACCCUACGUUCAAGGCAUUCGCCACCUGCUUGACGAUAGUGUUCUGGAGGAGUCUCCAUGUGCCUCUAGUGAUGGCUCUGUGUGCAGCAAGAUCCAAGCUUCUUUUUCAGGAGAGGGCAGAGAGGUCGUCGAGUCUGGCUCCAGUGAUCAGGAAACAUUUUGGCCUUCAUCUAAAAAUAAUGCCCACUGGCAAGACACAGAUGAAAAAACAGAAUUUCAAGUCAGUUUUUCCUGCGAGGGUUGUGUCAGGAGAAAGACGCUACUCAAAGAGGGAAAGAAACCAACAGUGUCAUCAUGGUCACGAUAUUGGAUGGCACUAUGGGGCACCAACAUUCUUCUUUAUGCUGCCAAGUCACUCCGAGGCACAGAUCGUAGUAGUUUCAAAACUAACCCUAGCAAAAUGACAUCCAUUGUCGGGUGGAUGGUAGUCAUGGGAGAUAACCCGCUUCAACCUGAUGCAUUCCAGCUUACUGACCCGGUUAGAGGUAACGUCUACAAAUUUCGAGCAGGGACACAGUCAUUUGCCUUGCAGUGGUGUCGACACCUUAAUGAAGCCUCCAAAAGAUAUACACCAAGGCAACCAGUGAACUUAAUGUCGUUCGACUGAGGUGUGCACCACAAAAAUACUGUGGACUAGACCAGCUGGUCAUGUGACCAACAGUCAACUGCCCUGGCAGCCAAUCAGCGGGCCUGAUACCUUUGCUGGGCAGGGCAUGCUUCUGUCAGGUUGAAGUGGGUUCUGCAGUUCAAGGGCCUUGCAGAAAGGGACGCAACUCAAUGACCAUUCCGUGACCGGUAGGGGGAAGAUGCUGCACUAGCGUCUCUCAUCAUCCGAUCGAACUGUCGGCUGUUCGUGCAUGACAACAACAAAAAAAAAAAAAAGAAAAAAGAAAAAAAAAAGAGGGAGAGAGAAAAAAUCAUUCCAUCACAUUCUUAAAUUAUUUUUGGAUUUGUUCAUUUUUUUUUUUAAACCUGAAAACCAUUGGUAGUCUCCCAUGACUACAUUCAACUUCUGACUGAAAUGUUUAGAUGGAACGAAGUUUCGCGGGAUCUUCAUGUUGAGUCAAAGGCAAUACUUUGUGAAGAUUUCUUUGCCCAGGGCUUCAAUUAUGCUGACAGUUUUGCGCUGAAUAUGAGAUUCUAAUAUUCUUAUACUCUUGACUGCAUCAAGCACUUUGUAAAGUUACUGCUGCAUUGGCUGCAGGAAGGAAAAAAGGGUGCCUCUCAUUGCUCAAAAUGCUUCUGUUUUUCUGUCUUGGUGACCGACCUAGUUUGCUCAGUUUGAGAGAAAACGCUUGACCUUCUGUGUCUUCAGAAGGAAGCAUUAUUUUUGCCUUUGCCUUCUGAUGCGGUAAGACGUUUCUCUGCAUGCACUGUGCCCUCCAUGUGCUAGAAGACUUGUGGGAGAGAAACCACAUGCUCUAUGUGUCUGCACUGUAAAAGCAUCCCUGAGGAGUUGUACAGCUGCCCAGAAUUCAGGAGACUUUCAAGUGGACAUGGUGGCCAAACCAUGGUGAAGGAGACAAUCAGUUUCUACAUUAAGUGGCGUAAUUUUUCAAGGGUUGUGACAGGCUGUGGAUGUAAUAACCAGGUGCCUCUUAGGAGUCCUGCAUAUCCAACAGAAAGCCAUCUGUGUUUUUACGUACAUUGUACAGAUUUUGCGCACAUUUUUGGUGUAAAUUACAAGGCUUUUGCACUUGAACUGUAUUGCCAUCAAACAGCAUCAAAGCUAGACUCCAUUAUAAAAAAAAAAUCUAGUACUGUGUCAUUGAAACGGCAUUGUAGAAAAUAUGAAAUUUCAGUAUUUUUCCGUGAUGAAUGUUAAAUAUGAAGAGAAGUUACUUGGUACUAUUGCAUUAUUACCGAUGUGUGAUAUACAUCUUUGUUACCAUAAUUUGUUUAUGAGCUAGUCCAAGAUUAAUCAGUCGCCAUCAUCAGUGCCGACACUGCAUGAACAGGAUAUGUCAGUUUGUCUUCUCAGAUUCUUAACUUAAACCACAUUUGUCACCUCAGGCCAGUAAAAUCAUCAAGUGACUACACCCAUGGUCAAAGGCUGAUAAAGCUGUGAUGAAAAGACCUUUCUUAUCAGCCAGACUACAUAAAAAAAACAGAGUUUCCAUCUUUCAUGAGCUGUGGUACUAUGACAAGCUGCAGCAUCCCAGUGAUCUGGUAGCUGUGAUGGUUACUGAUGCAUAAGAAAUGUGCUGGUACCAUGGGUGGGGUCAUGGUGCAAGUAUGCAUGCACCACUGAUAAUCAGAUGCAGGAGGGGAAAAAAAGGUGUGUGUAAUAGGAUCUCCAGUUCACUGCAGUCUUGAGGGCAGCCCAAUCUGAACACAAAGUCCUGCUAAUGCUUUGAGACAGUUUGCUGUCUGCAUGUUUUUUUUGUCUUUAUUUCAUUCCUUCAAUGCAGAGCUUCAGGUUAGGCCUCUAGGGUUAUGAGGAAUUAUUUGCUUUCAAACACCAUCUCUUUCUGUCACUCACAAGCACUGUUCUUAUUCUUGCAUCUUACACUCGGGUCUUACUGUGUUCCUGCACUUAAUGGCUGAGAGUGUACAAGUCUCCUGGUCUGUUGUAGAAUACAUCAGCGUACACAAAUGCUCAUCUUCAAAGUACAUAUGUACCAAUAUACUCAGCAUCCUCUCGCAAGUGCUUCCAAUAGCCAGAUCUCCCCGGGCACUAUGCAAUAUAUUUACCUUUGGUUUUUACAUGCUACUUUGUGGUUGUGCUGCACUCUGUGAACUCUAAAACUAUUUUCUUCCUGCUUGUUUCUGUUGGAAUAAGUCUGGGAGGGUAAAUUAGAAGUUUGUUUUAAUUUGGUCAUCAAAAUCGUGAGUUUUAAUUUUCAUAGGUUUGUUUUGAACCCAAGUUUGUAAACUACAAAAUUAUAAAAACCUUUUUCUCCUAUUUCAUCUUUUAGGUGUAAAAUCAGUUGCAACAAACUUUGGCAGAAAAAAAUUGGAGCCAUCCACCACAUAAGGUGGUGUAAAACAAAACAGAAAUAAUGGACAUAAUUUUGUUUGUCUCUUGAAAUAAUUUAAAUGUACUUUUGAAAUACACUGCGUGCAUGUAAUCCUGUAAUUAUUAUUUUUUUUUUAGUCCUCAUAAGUAGAAAAAGUAAAUGUAUAACACAUUGUAACAAUAGCAUUCUUAAAAGCUAAACACUUCACACAAAAAAAAUUCAAGACAAAUUUUUUAAAAGUUUAUACACAUAGUGCAUGUUACAAAAGUAGUCUCCUGAUCAUAUUUCUCAUUUUAAGUUGCAGCCUGCCAUAGCAAUUUAGCAACUGUGGGAUGCAUUAUUUUAAAGUGAUUGUAUCUGGAUUGUUUUCUGGGGAUUUUAAACUCAUUUUUGCCCAUGUGGGAUGGGAGGGAGAGAGCGUGUGUAUGUGUAUAUGUGUACUGGUGUGUGUUGGUUUCCACAUGUUCCCAGUUGUAGUCAUGAGAGUGACUUGCAGGUGCCAGUAUCUUUUUUGACUAAAUACAAUAAAUUCUGGGUUAAAUCUGUUUCAAGAUUUGUUGAGAGUACAGCCCAGUUGCUGAAAGCAGGCAAAAGUGUUGUUUGGAUCUUCAAGUUAAUAAGGCAACGAUUGAAAAAUUCAUUUGAGGCCUGCGACAGUAAUGAAAAGAUAGCAUGUUCAUGAAUUAAAAUUGCUGAUUAUUAUUUCAUGCUGUUUUUUGUCAAUAAGCAUGCUGAUUACUGAUUUGACACUAAGUGAAGGAUUAUAUGCUGAAUUGUGACUGUUGAUUUUGUGAUUUCAGUCUCAUUUCACUUCUGUGAAGUGACUGAAUGUUGUGUCCUCUUGCUUGUUUUAGUACUUCUGGAUUAGUAUUUAUUUAGCAUACCACAGAUGACUACAAUCUACUACAUACCUAGAAAGAUACAUUGAUUUUCUAUAUUCUGAGUGGCCAUGUUGUGAAACAGGAAAAUUUGCAUGUUUCAAGAUCAUGAGUACCAAUUGUAUCUCCUUCAGAAAUCAGUCAGUUCAAGAAAUAGUAUUUUAACUUUUAUGCCAUGAUGGUUUGCGUGCACAAGUUUUGAGCAGAUGAUUGCUAGUUCAACCGUGUCUUUAAAGACAAAUCCUGCCUGCCCAGCAGAAAUAGGCACCUGAUUUAUCAGGGAAAGUAAAGUUUGUGGAAGGAGUCUCCAUUUUCGUAAUGCAAUGUCCUAGACAUGUGAACCACUUACAUUCACUGCCUCUACAGUCAUUGGCCAUAAGACCGUUUUACCAUGUUGCAUAAGAGAGUUUGAAAUGCUGUUUUUGUUGGGUUUCUUUCUCUCUCUCUGGUGUUACUUCCACCAUGAACCUCAGGUUUUUUUUUGGGGGGUGGGGGUGCUUUUUUUUUUUUUGGAUGAAGUGGCAGUAGCAGUUAAAAUUGCCUGCUGCUUAUUAUUUGUUACAUUAGAAGAUACUUCCUAGUGAAGCUGAGGGAUGGUAUGUGCCCAGAUACUCAAAAUUGCCAGUUUCUGUUUUCCAGCAAAAUGCUUUCAUUGAUAAGUUAAUGACAGCCAUCUCAACGUCUUCCAGUAUUACAUGUUGCCAGAGGUUUUGCUAGUAUUGCAAUCACAGUUGCUCUGUGAGAGGUCAGCACCAGUUACAGCUAGUGAUGCCAGCAGUCAUGUGCCAAUGUACAGAUUUUUUUAAAUGUAGUUACUGAGCGCUUCACUGCUAUGUGUUGUGAAUGUGGUCUCUUGUUGCAUGCAGUGUUCUGGUUGACCUGCGGGGUAAAAUGCUGAGGGACAGUUGCUUAUUUUUGAAAAAGAAUUAUUGAUUAUAUGUUUGACCUUUUAGUGGGAAUACAAAGAGUUCUGUAUCACUGACUUGUGACACAGUUAUUUGCAAUGGAUCAGGUUCAUAGAUUAAAAAAUCAAAUAUCCACAUUUAUUUCCAUGCAGAUUUGCAUACACGAGGAUUCUUUGAAGAUGCCUUGUUGGAAUGAGAGUGUCAUGCUAAACUGUCUCAGAUGCUAUCAAUGAAAUUCACAUGCUUGAAGUCUUUCAAUAUGCACUUUGGUGGUCUUUCUUUUUAUUUUUGCUUCCUGCAUUUCAUGCGUAGACUGAGCUAGGUUUCACAAUCUGGGUGUCAUUCGAAAACGAAAUUUUGGAUGUUUUGCUGUUUAAGUGCUUAGUAUUUUCAGUUUCAAUGCCCCUUUCAUUUAGUUUUGUAAAGCAAUUUUGUUAAAAUUGUUAGGUGGUAGUUUCCUGAAAGCUCUCCACCAUUCAGCUUACAGCAGUGAUUUAUCGAUGUCUGUUUAGAGAUACUUAAAAUGUACAGUUCAGAAAUGCUAGGGAUUGGUACGUCAGAAAGACAUAUCUUAGGCCCACGAUGUAAUAUAUUGUCCCGAAUACCAAAUUCCUUACUCAGGAUGUAAGCUGCUGUAGAUUUGGCAGACAAAAGACACCCUUUAUGAUGUACAUGAGUCUUUUGUGGAUAUAUCCUUGAUAUCAGAAGGGUUCUGAACAGGGGAUAAUGAGACUUUUGCGGUUCAAAUGGCUUUGACAUACAGAUGCAUGCUAUUUACCUUGCUUUGUUAAUCUGGCAUAUUUUCUAUAGCUGUAAAGUUUUCAAAAUUUCUUAAGUUCCAUUCCAUUGUUUAGCCAUUCUCUUUUUUUUUGGUCAUAGAAUUCUUGCAAUAAGUCUCUGAUUUCCUGUUCAUUCUCCUCAAGCUCUUAAUAAUUAAAUCAAUUGCAUGUCUACCUAAUGGGAAAAAAGAGCAGUCUUCUCAUAUUUGUAUUAACUCUUUUUGUUCUGGGCACAUUAAUUUAGGCAAAAUGAAAAAAAAAAAAUCCCUUUAUUACUUACUGUGUUCAGUAUAUGCAUAGUAUGUACUCUCGUGUGCCAUAUUGCUCAUCAACCUAACACUCCACACAGUGUUAUGAGAUCACGUAAUUAGAAAAAGGUAUCUUCCUAUAUAUAUAAUAGAAAGAGGUAUAUUCCUAUGUAAUGCAGGUGAUCAGCAAAACCAGUCUUGCAGCCCUUGCAUGUGGAUGGACAUGGUUUUGUAGUCUAGAUAGAAAGGAAACCAGUGUACUGGCCACAAUUAACAUGCUGUUUAAAGUGUACCAAACUAUGACAUCAGGCUGCACCUGUUAACUUGGACAGGUUUUGCCUGUUCUCACUGAAAAUGACAAAAACCCACAACCUAAAACACCUUAAAGUCCUUAUAAUUAACAUUACAAUAAUUUGAGUCUUGUUUGGAGGCGCACAACUCACAUACAGUGGUCCUCUCAAGUGCCCAGAUGCUCAUGAGCUUUGGUUAAUGUUUGCUAUGCUCUUCCCAUCAUGCUCCUUAUUUUCUCAUUGUGACAUUUUUAUCAGACUUUUGCGUCCUUUCAUAGUGCUUCAUUUGAAAAAAUAUGUUUUUGGCUGUUUUAUGUAUGUUAAAAAGCUCUAGUUUACCAAAAGAUCUAGAAAUAAAUACAACUUGGUCUGUAAAUAGUGACCAAACAUUAACCAAAGAUAUGACAUGGGCAAGUCAUGAAAAUUGUCAAACACCCUUGACCUAGGAUGUCCAAGCCUACUUCACUGUUGGCAAAGAUGGCAACGGAAAAUCUGCAUCCAAUAUUUCACCAUCUGAGGUCAUUUCUAGUCAUUUUUCCUACAUUAAACUUUAAUUUUUUUUUUAACCUUUAGUAAAUUCUGUGAAAAAGAGAUAUUGGGUGUGCCACUUUAGAACAAAGCCAGGCUUCACUGGGAAUUCAUGGGCAUGUUUUGAAGUGAUUUUCCGUUGCCAGUCAUGUUUGUUUUCUGAAUAGUUGACAUGGCUUCAGGACUGUGCUCAAGGACACUGACUAAACACAAUCACCACAAUAAGACUUUAACACCUACACCCAACAAGGCAGUUGAUGCUGCAUAUCUAGCAUCUCUGCAAAACAUGACAAGGCUGGCUCUGGGUAAUAUUACAAGAAAAGAGCAUAUCCAGGCUUACAAUCUCUUUCACCCUAUUGUCACUAAAUAUUUAUGAGACUGGAUACUUGUUCCUUUCUACUCAGCAAAGACACACUGAGUACACGCCAAUGAAAACAAGUCAGCUGCGCCCAGCCACGACAGUACCUUGUGUGGCAGGUGGCAGCACCAGUGCCUCUUUCUCAGACUCAGUGUUUGAUGUGUACUGCAUUCCACUUUGAUAGAUGAAACAGAGUAUGUCUCACGACACUGUUGAGUACUAACCCCAUAGGACAGGCCUAUUGUCUCCUUGGUAUAUUAUUAUUAGGGGGAUUUUUUAAUUUAAAAUGCAUACUACAUCCAAGGUGUUCUAUUCAGUUAAUUUGUAUUCUUUUUACAAAUGUAACUGCAUUAUAACAAUGAUGCAAUAAAAAUGUUGAAAUGACCA